AUGGGCCAGGACGCCAAUAGCGGCCUUCACGGCAAGUCGGAGACCAAUGAUGCCCACCAUAGGCGCGGUUAUCAGGCCUGUGACCCAUGCCGCAAACGCAAGGUCAAGUGCGACCUAGGAAGUGUCGAUAACCCACGUCCCCCACCCUGUGUCCGUUGCCGCCGCGAAAGCAAACGAUGUGAAUUUUCAGCUACUCGCCGUAAGCGCAAGACAUCUGAUGCCGCAGAUGACGAUGAAACCGAGGCAGAAGCCAUUCUGCACCGCGACAAGCGGAUGAUGAUUGGCGAGGUAGCCAAGAAUGAAAGUCCCAGUGAGGCUGCUCCAUUUGCGCCCUCCGAAGCACCCCAAUUCGACCAUGACUCCGUGCGUCCCCAACAGAGAUGGCCCGAGGCUCCCCCGCACCACCCCAGCGCGCCCACCUACCCUGUCGGCGAGCGCACCGCGCCGCAGAGCUACGGGGGCCCUCCGAUGAUGAACAGAACUGCCGUGGAAUUGCUGUCGCCUGCAAUCACCAAUACCCACGACGCCUUGCAUCUACUUUCUGAAGCGGCAGGUAGGACCGAGGACCUUAACCGCCAGAGCCUUGAGAACAGGUUCGCUGCACGUCGCUCCGUCUCGUCUUUUAACUCGGGACCUUCGCCCUUACCGCAGGGCAGCUCGCCUCGAAGCCUCGGGGGGUCAUUUGUACGGACACCUCGAUCAGGAAUGUCCAUGGGUGGGUCUACUUAUUACCCAGCUGGAGCAGCAGCUCCAGUAGAUCCCCAGAUUGUAGACUCCGGUCCUCAAAGAGAAAGUCCUGUCAACAUUCCACCCUCAGAAACGGCAUACAACGAUGCAAUUCGGGCUUGGUCCAGAUUGCGGUUCGUCCGUGCCGGAUGGCUCACAGCGGAUGAAGGCAUGGACUACGUGGCUUACUAUUACGAGAACUUAGCGCCAAUGAGUCCAGUCGUCAUCCCUGAUUUCUCUCACCUUUCUACCCACCGCGCACUGCUCACCGACGAACCAGUGUUAGCGGUCACAAUCCUCACUAUUGCCUCAAGGCAUCUCAAGCCCAAGGGCGAUGGCGCCAAUACGCGGGCUUUCUACAUCCACGACCGCCUCUGGGCAUAUCUACGCAGUAUGAUAGAGCGUUUGUUCUGGGGCCAAGAGAAGUUCGAUCCCGGGACAUCGGGCAUUGGUCGGCCCAAAUCGCUUGAUUUGGGAGCUUCAACGCCAGGCAAACUUGGUGUGAACGGACAGUUGAGAUCCCUGGGCACCGUAGAAGCUAUGUUACUCUUGACUGAAUGGCACCCACGAAACCUGCAUUUCCCGCCAGGUGAUGAUGAAAACUCCCUUCUAGACACAGACCCCCAGCCACAAAGCCGGGCAGAUCACCCCAUGGAUCACGAUGGUGAAAAUACCGGUCAAAGAGGAUCUGAAGGGAGGUUUGCGUUCCAAAAGUGGUUGGAACCAGCCUGGCGGUCCGAUCGGAUGUCCUGGAUGCUGUUGAGCACGGCGCAAGCUUUGGCAUUUGAGCUUGGUGUCUUUGACCCCAAAGGAAAUGCGAAAGUGACCAACGAGUCCCUCACUGAGCAGACGCGUAAACGACGACUGCGCCGUUUAAUACUUGUUUUCAUCACGCACAGCAGUGGACGUCUAGGUAUUCCAUCUAUGCUCCCACUCCCUCAGUGGGGACAAGACAUCACGCCAACUGCGGCUGAUGCAAAAGACGCCGAUGCCAAUCUUGAUCGCAUGCAAGACUGCUGGAUGAGUAUCUCAAAGAUCGUCUAUCAAGCCAAUCAUUUGCUCUUCGCAUCAAGUGAUCAAACCAUGGAUUUAAUCCGAAGUGGAAGAUAUCGCGAACAAAUAGACCGCUUCCAGCCGUAUUUGCGAGAAUUCAGACAGCAGCUUGACAGUGUCAAUCUCUCGCCGGCCAUGCGGAGCGUCCUUUUGAUUGAGCUUGAGUAUACGCGUCUCUAUAUAAAUUCUCUUGCUCUGCAAGCAGUGGUAGAUCGAUGGACAACAAUGUCCAACGAAUCUGCCCAGAAUAACGCUGCCCGACCAGGGCAAGGGCCAUCUAACACCAAUAACACCUGGUUCCAGACGUUGAACGAACUUUACCGUGUCAAUGAGCAUUAUAUACAAGAAGUGAUUGAUUCCUCGCGCAAAAUUCUGCAGACAGUUCUGGACGGUCUCGUCCCCGAAGGACGUCUGAGGCAUGCGCCCAUUCGAACCUUCUUCCGAAUUUUGUCUGGCAUGAUCUUUAUUCUCAAAACUUUCACACUGGGUGCCCGGGAAGACGACGUCCGAGUUUCACUCGACCUGCAGGAUCGAACAGUCGAAGCACUGCGCAAUUAUGUCGUGGAUGACGUGCACAUCAGUAACACCGUUGCCCGACUACUUGAGCUCCUCACCAGCAGCAUCCGUACGCGAUUUCUGCGAUUUGCGCCUCACGACCGGGGUGCGGAAGAUGGCCACGAUCGCACCUCGGUCCCUAAUUCACGACCCAAUUCACCAUCACGCGAGACACGUCGCGAUGGCCCUGCACCCUGGCCCACUAACCAUGAUACAACGUCAAGCGGGGCGGGUCUUGGAUAUGUGGACACCAACGGCAUGGGAUCAGGUCAUGAUCCACUAGCAAGCAUUCCCGCCCAGCCGAUCAACUCGUCCAAUCUCAACGUCUCUUUCAUGCCUCCUCCGCCAUCUGUAUACCACAACUAUUAUGACUCAAAUUCGGCGUUCCCGACUGAGAUGGACCGAUCACCCAAUCAUGUUGCUUCUUCUCAGAGCAUGGAUAAUGCGUCUACGGGGGCGCUGCCCGAUUGGUUUGCUCUCCCUCUAGACCAAUUUUUCAAUUCCUCCACUGGGGUGGUUGAUCAGGGUCUCGGGGGUACCGGGCCUAUGCUUGGCGAGUUUGAUAUGCUUGAAGUCCUGCUUAAUGAGGGCUACGACGGAAAUGGGACUGAGGAGAACGCGGGGCUAUCCUCCCAGUAUCUGUGA